UACACGGUCACACCAGUCAAAUCGAGCAUUAUUAUUCAUCUGGUAGAACAAACAAAAGAAAUGAAAAGAGGGUUUAGGGUUUUUUCUUCCUUGGUUGAAUUUCAUUCUGUUCGAGUCUGAUCGACGCUUACCACUUGUCAUCUACUAUUACCGAAACUAAGGUUUGCAUAGACGCAAUCUCAGGUUAUUCACUCCAUUCCUUUCAUAACUCGGUGUAAUUUGAUUUAAUUCUUCAGUUCAAGAAAGUAACCAUGGCAAAAGAGGAAGUCACCGAGUUUAAGAUACGUUGAUAGAUUCAGUAGUAUACCAGAUGCCUUAAUACAUCAUAUCUUCUCAUUCAUGGAUAUGAAACAUGCAGUUCAAACUACUGUGGUGGUUAAAAGAUUUCAGUUCUGAUGUAUUUUUUCAUCAUAGAAGGGGAUGAAUGGCUCGAUUUAUAGAUUUUGUAGACGGUACUUAUUCUUCGAGAUAAUUCUGAUAUUCAAAGGUUUAAUAUUAAUAUUAUUUGGCAUGAUGUAAAAUCUGAUAUGCUUGAAAGUCGUAUAAAUGUAUGGAUACUUGGUGUCUUAAGACAUAAUUUUUGAGAAUAAUGUGUUGAUGUUGUUAUGAAAUAUCAAUUUCCAAGUUGUCUUUUUGAUUGUAGAUAUUGACUAAGUUGGAGUUAGAAAUGGGUGGCAAAGAAAACUCAAAGCUUGUUCUUCCACAGUCAAUUGAUUUGCCCGUUCUUCUGUCUCUGAAGUUUGGUUCGCUAUCAAUUGAUGAUGUGGAGUUAGCUAGUAAACUUUUAAGUUGUCCUCAGCUUGAGUCAUUGGUUAUGUAGGAUUGUGAUAUAGCAACACACAGUUUUUUGAAUCUCAGUAUCAGUUCUAUUAAACUGAAGCAGUUUGAGAUAAGCAAUUGUGGUUAGCUUUGUAUGCCGAAGUAUAAUAUGGCCAAGAUUAUCAAGUUAAAUGCUCCAAAUCUUUCUUAUUUGACAUGCAAAGAUUACAUGUCACAAGACUAUUCAUUAGAGAACUUAUGUUUUCUAGUCAUUGUUGAUAUUGUAAUGAUAUUAGAAGAAGAAGACGAAUCUCCAUAAUUAUAUAAAAAGCUUUCUGCAAAGGAGAAAGAGUUGUUUGCCAAACGAAUGACAAAAUUUUAUGGGCACUGUAUAACGUAAAAGAACUGAGAUUAUCAUCUGAGUUUAUUGAGGUUAUUUCAGCACUCCUGAGUUACAAGAUUGUAGAAACCCCAAGUUUUGUGAUCUACGACGUGUGAAGCUUGAAAUGUGGAUUACUGGAGAAAGCUUGCGCGCAGUAGCAUGCUUAUUUGGGAUCUCUCCUCUUAUAGAAUCUCUUUUCGUGGAGUUAAAUGAGGGUGAUUUUCAGAAAGUUCAAUUCAGAAAACAUAGGGAGAAGAUUGGAAUAGAGGGUUGUUAUCGCCAACAGUGUUGUCUCACCUCAAGUUUGUUGAGAUUAAAGGUGUUCAAGGAUGUGAUGAUGAACUCAAGAUUAUUGAAGAAUGCUAUGGUCUUGGAGGAACUAGUUGUAUUCAGUUGCAAACAAAACUCGUCAUCUGGUAACUUAGUCAGACACUUGAGGAAGUUUUACAUCAAUAUACAAACACUUCCUAGAACUUCUUCGAGUGGCUUCUUUUUGUUUUAACUUCGGUAGAUGAAAACAAGACAUCAUGAGGUUACUUCUUUUAUUUAUUUAUGUAGCAAAAUUGCAAGGUUUUAUUGAUAUGCACAGAAGGACGUGUUACCAGUUUGACUGUUUGAUACUGAUCAGACUUUUGUUACUCAUCCAUUUUUUGCAUAUGCAAGAUCCAAAAGCAUAAACAUAACAUUAUGAACAUAUUAUGGCUAAGUCUAGGCACCCCAUUGGAGAUAAGAAGAAGCUAGAAGUAAACAGAUUAAUUGCAAAGCAACUGGGAUUUGGAAUUUAUUGAAAGACUAAUAAGGAACACUUUAAAGACACAUUUCCAUACAGUCCGGUGGAGUUUUUCAUUCAACCUUCUGCACUCGAAUCAGCAAACGCCAACACACCAGAUUAACGAUUAUGUACUUGCCCCGUGUCCGUCCAAACAAGUGUUUUAGCAAGAAGAUGGAGAUCUAUCUGGAUUUCGCUUUUAAUUUUAAACUUCAACCUCGAUUUGUUCAAAUCGACCUUUACUGGAUGUACUGAUCAUGAUGCCUUCACAGCUUUUGUCAACUGGAUACUCAUGGUUCGUCACAGCAAUUCUGGUAUUCAGAGAUUUCAUCUUAAGUUGAAAACCCUUGAUUGCUCUAGGUAUUUUGAUUUGACAGGCCGUGUUAAUACAUGGGUAUUUGGUGCUCUACAAUCUAAUGUUCAAGAGCUAUCUUUUGAUGUCGGUUUAUGGGCAUACCAAAGUUAUAAGUUUCCUCUUUGCCUCUUUAAUUCUAAGUCGCUGACAAAGUUAGUAUUGAAAUUAGGUUGUAUGUUGAUGGCGGAGAUUGUUCUACCAGACACAAUGGAUUUACCUAUGCUUAAAUACUUGAAGCUCUAUGGUCUUUCUAUAUAUCAAGAAAAUUUAAAUGCUAAACUCUUCUUAAGCUGCCCGGCUCUAGAAUCGUUGAAUAUAACAAGAUGUAAUGUGAAUCUCAAUGAUGUUUGUGUUGCUUCUAAACUUAAGUACUUCAAAUUGAAAUACAAUGAGUAUAAUGUAGAUGGAGGUGAUACUAUUAGUUUACAUGCUCCAUGUCUCAAAUCCUUUAUUUGCAAAAAUUACAUGUUGUGUGAAUACAAUGUCAAGAACCUUGCGUCUUUAGUCACUGCUGAUAUUACAAUGAUGGUAGAAGACGAAGAAGAUAAUUCAUUCCCAGAGCUUUCUGAUCCGGAUAAAGAACUUUGUGCUGCAAGUAUGAUAAGGUUGCUGGAAUCGCUUCAUUGUGUGAGAGAUCUAGCACUAUCAUGUUGGUUCCUUGAGGCUGUCUCUGAAGAUCCUCAAUUACUACUUGAUGAACUAUCUGAUCACUUUCGGAAUUUACAAAAUUUGAAGCUACAAACAUUUCUUUCAGAAGAGUCCAUCUGUGCAAUAACACACUUACUCAACGUUUCUACUAAUAUUGAAUCACUUAAAGUUAUUAUAGUUGAGUUCUCUAUGAAGGACUUCAUUCCAAACCCUCUGAUGUAUUCAUCCCUUGACGAGAUAAUGUUUGAUCCUAAAGCAGAUGACUGGGAACAGGUACUGCUGCCAUUGUAUCACCUCAAGUUUGUUAUGAUUGUUGGUGUUCAAUGCCGUAUCAAUGAACUCAAGUUUCUGAAGAUGUUAUUUAAAAAGGCUGUGGCCCUGGAGAAAGUGUUUCUAUACUAUGAUUCUGUAUCAACAAUUGUAGCAGAAGCUUUCUCUCGGAAGCUUAUGACAUUCCCGAUAGCUUCUUCAAGUAUCUCAUUGAAGUGGUGGAUUGUGCAAGGACAACUUUCUGGACAUUGCCCCCAGCUCUAAACAUAAUCCUCAUAGUUUAUUAAAUUGGAUAGAUGGAUAGAUUGGUUACUUCAUAGACUUUCUUUUGGAAGAAUAUUCAUGCUCUGUUGUAUCUCUGGAUGCAGAGGUUAUUGUCUUAUUUUUACAUGUUAGCUGAGAUGGCAUGUGUAAUCUUUCCCGUCCGAUGCCCAAUUUCCUGUAGUUAAGGCGCAGCGAACUAUUUAUUGGGUUCCAUUAGUUUCCAGUGUUUGUGAUGCCUUGUUGUUUCCUUCCUUUAGGUUGCAUGUUUCUUCUUUUUUGUUCCCGAGUGGAGGCACUGUUGAGUGUGCUUCUCAGUCCUGCCCCCCUUGUUA